CCGGGUCCACGUGGGCGGGACACGACGCACGUGUGCGGCCUGCGGCUCCGCGGCCGUGGAGCUUCUCUGCGAAGCAAUUAACGCGCUGGUGGUGGCCAAUUAGCGAGUGUCCAGCCGCUGCUUUUGCUUUGUGGUGGUGGUCGCUUUACAAGAGCCUCCUCCUGGGCGGCGCGUCUCGUCGGUCGUGGGGAUGCGUUGAUCGUCGCUGGCUGGUCACGUCAUGCUGGCUCGAGAAGCAGAGGCGGCGGCAGAAGCGGCAGCGCCCGCCCAGGCGAGGGCGUGCGGGGUUCGGCUGCUCUCCCCCGAGGAGCGGGAGAGGCUACAGCGCGACUCGGCGCUGGUGGCCGAGUUCAAGCAGACCAAGCUCGAGCAGGAGGCGCGCAGGAACUGGGACCUGUUCUACAAGCGGAACUCGACACGCUUCUUCAAGGACCGCCACUGGACGACACGCGAGUUCCAGGAGCUCAGCGCCUGCAGAGAGAGUGAAAACCAGAGGCUGGUGAUCCUGGAGGCUGGGUGUGGAGUUGGGAACUGUCUCUUCCCACUCCUCGAAGAGGAUCCCAACAUCUUUGUCUACGCGUGCGAUUUUUCUCCACGUGCCGUUGACUUUGUUAAGAGCAACCCCUUGUACAGUAAAGAGCGCUGCUUGGCUUUCCAGUGUGACCUCACGCAGAAUUCCCUCGUGGAGAAUGUGCCGGAAGGGACGGUAGACGCGGUGACACUCAUAUUUGUCCUAUCUGCUAUCCACCCCGACAACAUGGAUGCAGCUCUGCACAAUAUCUACAAGGUGCUGAAGCCAGGAGGACGCGUCCUGUUCAGGGACUACGGUCUGCACGACCACGCCAUGCUGCGAUUCAAGCCUGGCCACAAACUCUCGGAGAACUUCUACGUCCGUCAAGAUGGAACCAGGGCAUACUUCUUUUCAGAUGACGUUGUGGAAAAACUCUUCAUCGGUACGGGCUACGUGGUGCUGGAGAAUGAAUAUGUUGUGCGCAAGACUGUCAACAUCAAAGAGGGCCUGAGUGUGCCCAGGAUUUUCAUUCAGGGGAAAUUCCAAAAACCCUCAGGAGAUGAACAUAAACCUGCUUCGUGAUUGCUCGUGAUACUUCACAAUAGAGUGGGGCUCCUGUGCGGUCAACUACAACUGUACGCUGCUGGACUAAAGUCUCCCUGCACCUUUGCCUUCACACAAUCAAACUCUCUCCGGCACAAACUGAUCUUAAUGCUCCACUUCCGUGCUGCACGUCCACUUAUGGAUCAUGAGUCGCCCUGUACACUCCAAAUGCGGUGCAGAACGUGACAUAGUUCAUAAUCACCAACAUUACUACCACCACCAUUCUCAUCAUGAACAUAAUCCUCAUCCACAGUGGUCUACCCACAUCUGGACAAAGGCCUUCCCACCCCCAUCGCAAUUCCUUUCAGUGCAGCGAUACCGCACUUCAUCUCACGCCUGCACGUGAACCCAUCUUCUCGCUCCACCUCCUCAGUGGUCAACUUUGGUGUUCCCCUUUGCGUACCGAAAAUGGCGUGCUAAUGCACAGCACAGCUGGAGACCGAAGAUGUCGUGAGGGUUGGUUAGAGAUAUCGCCUCUAAGAUGCAAAAUUGGGAGAACCCCACAAAAGGCCCAGACCAAAUUUUCUCUGACGGCUGAACGAGUGCAGAGGAGACCAAACAGCCACCGUUAAACUCGACAGAUUCCGGUCACUAUUUCUACAUAUUUGUCCUUCCCCCACACCUCUGAUUGGCAGGGUUGGCUAAGUCCCGUGCGAAAGAAGUUCAGCAUACUACAACAGGUAAGUAAACUCAGAUUAAAUUAUACAAUUCAAAUCUCGGCUGAAUUUGUCUUGGACAGCGAAAGUGUCAAUAUAACCAGGUUAUAGGGCAGGAGUCAAGGGCAAACAAAAGGGAGGAUGCAAUAGUUUGAGGCAAUUCGACACAAGUCAAAUAUGCAAGAACCGAAACUAACUGUAAUCAGCUGAGUACUUGGGUUAUAAACAAAUCAACAAGACCAGGAUUUAAAGGCAACCUGGUCUGUGCUCGCGUCUUCACCCCAGCCUGAGGUGCCAUAUCUAGGCGAGAUUCGGAGUCCAUAAAUCCAUGCAGGCAUUCGCUUCAUUGCAUUUGUCUGAGCAGCUCAAAUUAAGUAGCCCCGACUGCCUCCUGGUAGUUGGUGGCAGUAGAUCCAGAAACGCUCUGCGAGUCCUCAUUGCUCUUCAGGGGCAACGUGCACUUCCUCAUGGCUCAUUCCUACUGCUCGUGGUGGCCCGUUCGUAAUGCUGGGGCAUGCGCCUCGCCAUUCGUUCAUGUUGAGAUAAUGUGGGCGAUGCUCCACAAUUGUUUUCCACCGUAAUUUGUAUUUCAGAUAUGGGUAUCGCUGGUGGAGCAUUUAAUGAUCUUCCCUAGUUGCCCUGAAUUAGUGCUGGUCCUUCAAUUGCUGACAUCUGUACGGCCAUAGGACAGGCAGGGCACUAACUACGCACAAAGCAGAUCAUGCUCAAGCUAAUUGGGACACUGCCCAGCCACAGUGCACAUCAAUAUUACCAUCAUAUCAUCAAACUCCACCAUCGUCACUACCACCAACAUCGAUAAUGCAUUGUAAGACUCUCAAACGCGGUGGCAGGAGAAAUUUUCCGCCACUUUCAUGCGACUCCUGUUAACUGCAAAAUCGCCGUGGAUAAUGAGUUUCCGUUAACAGAUUGCAGCGGCGGCUAAGUUACAGGCCAUAGGUUUGUGGAUAAGAAUAGCUAUUUUAUUUAACAUUAUUUUUAUAAUAAUUUUUGCAAUGCUGUUCAUUAUAAAAUACAUGGUUUUACCAUGAAGCACACUCGAGAAUGGAUAUGUUAAGUACUGUAUUGUUACUCGUUCUAAAGUCUUGUUUGCACAAUGUUAAUUGGGAGAUGUCACGGAAAUGCUUUGAAUCAUGCAAGGAGAAAAUGGCGUAAAUGUAUACGUUCAGCUAAGAUGAGAACAUUGCCUGAUUACAGCAAGAGAUGUCUGCUACGUAGUAGCUCGGUGAUACAAUUACAAGGACAACACGAGAAAUACUAACCGUAAACUUUAAUUGAAAUGACUGAAUGCUCCUAUGAAGCAUAUCAUUUGUACAGAAUACUAUUCAGGAUUUAAGCUGCAAGAAUAUUUCAAGAUGUAACAAACAUUUUUUACACUGUUUAGGCAUGCAGCAACGCAAAAUAUAUAAACAAAAAUUCC